CGAUGCUACUAGACCCCGUCACCGCACCGAACGCCGAAGCCCGUGCAUCGUCGUCGUCACAGGGAACCACCUCUCGUGAUGUUGUUUAUCGAUGGCCCUCAUCGCUUGGAUCACUUCACCCAGUUUCUGCCGCUACUACCACUGGGCAAUCGAUCGCCAGUACGGUGCUCGCUCAUGCCUCAUUGAAUACGCGUACGGGAUCCCGUCUGUGUGAAAUUGCAGUAGUGAAAGCAGUGCACUGCUGCUGCGAGUGCUGGUACUAGCGGAGGAGCGCUAUAUGCUGGCUCCCGCCUUGCGCGUUCUUUCCGGCUUCCAUAGAGGGCCAAGAAGAUCUAGAUUCCGGGUUGCAGGUCUUCGGGGGGCGGGGGGUUGGUGAUGCCGUGGGGUUGUGCGUUCCUCUGUGUAGUCUGGCCGCGUUGGCGUAUUUGUGGUGGUAUGAUGACGAGUUUGGUGUCGUAGUGGUGGGGUGGGAGGGGGGGGGGGAGUUAAGUAAAUCCUUGCAGAGGUUCGGGAGUUUCUCUGGUGGUGCCGGGAGCUUGGCAAGGCUAGAGUGCUGAUGUGGUGGUUCUACAUGAGCUACGUUCUCGGUCUCCAAUACAUCGUGUCUCUGUGAUCUUGCUUACUGUCUCACUAAGCUGCCUCUGGUGUUCUCUCUAGCAGUUCCUCGCGAUAUUUGGCGACCCUAGAGCUUGGUACAGUGUGUAUCAGAGGUCGUAAAAAUUUACGAAGGACGAUGCUGAUGGUUGCUGCGGAGUGGGAAUUUGUCGCUGAGUGUUGAGUGAAGGUAGUUUUUAAAAUGGUUGAGGUUUCUUGCAACGUUGAGCGCUGCUGGUGAUGUCGCUAGGUCAAUCAUACUAAGCUGUUUCAGUGUCGUGGUGCACAUUCCUGUAUACUGAGCUCGAGUCCUUCGCGAGCGUCGAACGAUUUCAUUUUCUGAACUGAAUUCCCUAAAUGAAGAUUCGGUGUUAAUCAUGAGUGCGUUUCGAGAGGUGAUUCCUAUUAUUGCGGAAGUCGAAUUUUGAGCGUCAGGGGUGACCUGAUAGGUGGGCGUACGUAGCGCAUGAGUAAUCAUGGUCGGACGGUGCUGGCACCUUUUCGACUUGCAGAGAAAGUAUUGCCACUAGUAUUGGAAGGAAAGGAGGCAUCUUGUGUCGGAAUCGAGACUACUCCAUGAGAAGACGAUUGUAACUUACAGUUGCUAGACAAAGCUGAUUAGGUCAAAUGGGCGCUAUGUAGAUAUCUGUAAGUGCCACUGCCGCUCAUUCGUAAAAUCUGUCAUUUUCCGUUUCUAUCUCGGCGCAGCCGCAAGUUUCCAACUGGACUAUUCUGAAUUAGUUUUUUAUAACGCACUGUACUUACACUGUCGCGACCUUCGCCCAAUUGGGUACCUUGUCUGAGGGUAGGAGAUUUUACUGUUGCAAACAGCGACUUGGCGAAUCCGGCGCAGAGAAUUUGGAUAAAUAUUUGAACACGGCAUGUCGCUGGCUUUUGAUAACUCAGAGACUGGGUGUAUGCUGUUCUAUGACUGUCAUCGGUCGGUGCCAGCUCCUUUCCUUACCAAGACGUAUCAUCUGGUGAAUGAUCCUGCAACAAACGAUAUUGUAUCGUGGGGUGAGGACGGCACAACCUUCGUCGUUUGGCGUCCUCCUGAGUUUGCGAGAGAUCUCUUGCCGAACUACUUCAAGCACAACAAUUUUUCCAGCUUCGUGCGGCAACUAAACACCUAUGGCUUCAGGAAGGUAGUUCCGGAACGGUGGGAGUUUGCAAACGAUUAUUUUCGGCGAGGAGAACGUCAUCUUCUUUGCGAGAUACACAGGCGGAAGGCAUUGCAGCCUGCUUCGGGAACAGGGUCGGCGCAGCAGAGCCGCUCACUGUCGCCAUCAACCUCCAUCGAAGAUCAAGCAUGGUCGCCGAUAUCUUCUCCUAUGUCAUCACCGUUACCCAUCUCUGUUCCGACCCAGCAUCCGACUUUGCCGGUCAUGAGUAUUUCCGACGAGAAUGAGAGGCUUCGGAAGGACAACAACCUUUUGCUUUGCGAGGUGUCUCGUCUUCGCCGCUUGUACGAAGAAACCGUUAGUAUCAUCCACCAGCAGUACAAGGCGACACCGACCGAUUUUAGUGCCCUCACCAGCAGGGUCGGAGCCAGCGGCCAGUCUUUAGAGACCGCAGGAUCAGUCACAGCACUGUCAGGCGACGCCGCAAGUCAGCACCGAAGCUUAAAUCCAAUCUCGAGAGGAGAUUUUGAAAUACCUGAGCUCUCUGUUCAUGUCAGAACCACAAACCACAAUUUCUGCAAAACCAUCUCUCCCCCCACAUUCCCAGAGAGAGCACCAAAUGCGGUGUUCAUUAAUCCUGGCAAUCCGAAGUUUCCAACCGGCCCCAAAUUAACAGCUUCUGCUGAAUCGUUGAACUCCAGCAACAAACUUGUGAAGCUGUUCGGGGUCCCUCUGCACAGCCAAGUUGCAAUCUCAGAGCCAGCCACGAUCAGACGUGAACCAGCCGCAGUAGCAUCUACGGGGUUGAAACGUCGUCAAUCGGAUUCUCCGUGGGAUCCCGUCUGUGAGAUUAGCGACAUGGAUGCCCCCUUGUGCGACCAGGUUUUCGUAAGACCUCCUCCUCGGAAGUGUCUGAGACCAGAGUCAGAGCCGAGGCCCUCCCCUGUGCAGCCGCCGUGGCUACUGAUUUGCGCCACCCGAGAUGAAGGAGUGUAUAUUUGAGAGAAUUAGUAUUUCAGAGCGCUGUGAGUUUAAUCUUACCAUAGAAUCUCUCCCCCUUUUCUUUUUUCAUUUUUCUUUCAUAUUUCCCCUGACUCAGUGAAGACAGACGUGGAACAGCCAAUGUGCAUUCACGUAGUGGUGGAAACUUCCAUGAAUUUUCGAUCCUUUCCGCGGUCUUAGUUGGUGACUCGACUUUUGGUGCAUGAUGCAUCAUGAGGUUGUAAAAUUUUGGAGGCGUAUGUCCGACAUGAAUUGAAGCUUUCUCGUGCUUCUACUGUCCUUACAA